CUUGGUGGAUGGAGCUUGCGUUACCCUUUUUUACCCGAAAAGAUGCCUUUUCAAUUUGUAGGCACUAAUGAUGCAGCAAGAACGUUUCUCCGUUUGAAAUAAGAUAGUUAUCUACACGAAAUCUUUUUUGGGGGGCUCUUUGUUUUUCCAAAGGCGAAAGGAAACAUGUUGCAUAUCCUCGCACUUCAGUCACUCAUGGCACUUUUAGGAGUAGCUGACUGUCGAGUCUUAGAGGGAUUGCAGAGAUAUUCCUCCAUGCCCACAUACCUGCCUGUCAACUACCAGGUGCUCAACGCUGACUUGGCGUUCUUUCUGAAGGAAGCCAACCAGGACUUCAUGAGGAACUCUAGCCUGCUGUCACGGACUGAACCCUUCUUCAUCUACCAGGCCCGUAGCUUGCCUUCAGUCAAUGCCAGCUAUGGACCUCUGUCCGUGGAGCAGCCUGUUCCUCUGGAGCUCCUCCAGAGCCCGGGCACUUUUCCCCCCUCUUCCAUGUUUACCAUCAACUGGAAGGUGCAGACCUUCAUCAUGAACAGCAGGAUUCACCUGGCCAAGCCCAAGGUCCAGGUGCUGUUUUACAUCGCAGGCAGGGACUGGGACGACUACAGCGCCAUUGACAAGCUGCCCUGUGUACGCAUGUUUGCUUUCCAUGAAACCCAGGAGGUGCGUGGCACUUGCCAGCUGAAGGGGGAGCUGGGACUGUGCGUGGCAGAGCUAGAGCCCCUGGCCAGCUGGUUCAGCCCGCCCAGUGUGGUGCCGGGACGCCAGAGGAACCUCGAGGCAUCUGAGGGCACCCCAGUGGAGCUCUACUAUAUGUUGCAGUCCACGGAAGCAGCAGAGUGCCACUCAGAGGAGGUGAGGAAAGACAGCUUCAUGCGAUCAGGCCAGGAAGGGCUAUUUGGCUCAUACACCACCACCCCUCUGAGGAGGAUUGGCAAUGUGAGGCUCUACCAGAACCCCACUCCUCCGCCCCUCGCUGAGCACAGGCUGGAUAAUAACUUCAUGGUCAUGGUGCCGGCUACACCCAUGAGGCAGCGGGACACAGUUUCUGUCUUCAUCACUGUGUCAGCCUACUCUCCUGUGGAGAUGUUCACUCUCAGAGUGAAGUUGAAAGAGGGGGUGACGUUUCUGGGUGCCCGGCCCAGCAACCCCACCCAGUGGAUAGUGAGCCAGGAUGUGAGGAGCGAGGGCCACCGAGUGGUUACCCUCCACUGCCGCAGGAAAGAGUCCAGCUAUGACCAAAGGUCUGAGGUGGGAGUGCAAAGGGUGCUACAGGUGGAUCUGAAAAUGGAAAGCUUCCCAGAGCCGCUGGGCAGCCGCUGGAUGGCCUGGCAGGUAGAGUACCCUGGUAGUCGCACCGCCACACAGGAGGCUGAGACAGAGGUCCGGCUGGCUCAAGAGGACCUGGCGGGCAUCGUGCCCCUGGCCAUGGAUACGGAGAUUUUGAACACUGCAGUGCUGACCGGUAAGACUGUGGCGGUCCCAGUAAAGGUGGUGGCCAUUGGAACGGACACCACCAUCACUGACAUCUCCGACGCAGUCAAGUGUCAUUCCACAGACGAAGAUGUGGUCAAGGUGUCGGACAGGUGCGACUAUGUUUUCGUGAACGGCAAGGAGAUGAAGGGCAAGGUGAAGAUGAUGGUGAACUUCACUUACAGCUACCUGAGUGCUCAGCUGGAGCUCAACGUGUGGAUCCCUCGCCUCCCCCUCCAGAUUGAAGUGUCAGACACAGAGCUGAGUCAGAUUAAAGGGUGGAGGGUGCCCAUCAUGGCCAGCAGCCAGAGGUCCACACGGGACAGUGAGGAUGAGGAUGAUGAGGACAGACGAGGACGAAGCUGCACUCUGCAGUACCAGCAUGCCAUGGUCAGAGUGCUGACCCACUUUGUAGCUGAGUCAGCUGAUCCUCGAGGUCAGAUCAGCUUCAUGCUGGGCACGGACUGGCAGGUGGACAUCACAGAGCUAGUGUGGGACUUCCUGAAGGUAGAAGACCCACAGAUCGCACAGCUGCUGGACGGGAGAAUACUGGUGGGACUUGAUAUGGGAAUGACCACUAUCCAGGUGUUGUCUCCUUUGUCAGACUCCAUCUUGGCAGAAAAGACCGUAACCGUUGUGGAUGACAAAGUGACCAUCACAGAGUUGGGGGUCCAGUUGGUCACGGGCCUGUCCAUGUCCCUGCAGCUGAGUCCAGGGAGCAACAGGGCCAUCCUGGCCACCACAACCACACAGGAGGUUCUGCAGAGCCCCAAGCAGGAGGCCCUGAUCAGUGCCUGGCUACAAUUUAGUGAUGGCUCCAUGGCUCCCCUAGACCUGUACAACCCUGACUUUUUUGUCCUGUCAGCCACCUCUCUGGACGAAGACGUAGUGACUGUGCAGCAGGACUCCUCCUGGAAGUGGCCUGUCAUCGUGACGGAGGCUGAGGGCCAGGGCCUGCUGGUCAGGGUGGAAAUGACAGUCUGUGAGCUCUGCCAGAAGUUCAAGCGCCGCAGCAUCCUGGCAGCAGGGAACUGCAACGUCAGAGUCAAGUUUGGCCAGAGCGAUAGCUCUAGGGGUGGGGGCAGCGAUUAUAGCCCAGAUGGAGAGGACAUGGAGAACAGAGGCAGGCUGUCCCCCUCCCAGGACAGGACCGGCCUUGACACCCACUACUAUGGCAGUUCCAUCUCGGACAUGGAGGACGGCGUGUUAAAGAGGGCCACCACCACUAGAAGUGCUAUUAUGCGCAGACCCAACGGAGACAAACUGUCUGAUGACGGCAGCCAGAACAUGCCGAUAGACUUCGCUGACUUCCCUGCCCAAGUAGACCUCCCCCGUGGCCGCAACAUGGAUGAUGACCUGAUCCAGACGGCGCGUGGGCUCACAGACCUGGAGAUUGGCAUGUAUGCCCUGCUGGGGGUCUUCUGCCUCGCCAUCUUGGUCUUCCUCAUCAACUGCAUUUCCUAUACACUCAAAUACCGCCACAAGGAACUUUCAAUUGAAGGCCAGGAGAAUAUGAACCAUGCCCACGAUUGGGUGUGGCUGGGGAAUGAGACAGAGUUGCUGGAGAGCCAAGUCAGCUUGUCACCCCAGCAGGAAGAGCAGACCUCCAUGAUGGACUCCAGCAGCGCGCUAGAGGAGGGCAGCCACUUGCUUAAUGGAGGCUCGGCCCAGAAGAACGUACAGGGCCAAGUGCACCGGGCAGCAGACACAGGUGGCUCAGCCAAGGACAGCAAAGGAGACUCACCCACAACCAAGAGGAAGCGAGUCAAGUUCACCACGUUCACCACGAUCCCACCGGACAAUAGCUACCCCACAGUCAACACACUCAGCAUCAGCCACAGCCAGGACAUUAAGUGGGUAUGCCAAGACGUGGAGAUGGGAGACUCCAAGGAGCUGCGCAACUACAUGGAAAGAUUAAAUGACAGUGCAUUAAAAGAGGUGGCAUAGUGCACUAUGUGCACUUGAAACAAACUCACCCUUAUGCCUUUCAUUGGAAAAAGGGGGUCUGCCGAGAAGCUGGACCCCUAGGUAGGUGAAGAGGAGCAACUUUUCCUCUGAAUCACUCAAAACUGCCAAAGGGCCAUUGAAUUUAAGAGGACAAAACUAGUCAUGAAACCACAUAUGACUGAUGGCAAAACACUAACUUGAAAAAUAUAUCAAUGAAUGAGGAUGUCAGGUUGUUUUUUUGUUGGUCGUUUUUCAGCGUUUGUUUAUGUCAUAAAUAUUUUUUUUAUCAUGAGUUUAUUAUUAUAAGUUUAGAAAGAAAUCAAACAGUGUUCCCAGGACAGAUCUGCAUUAGCUAUGACCUGUGACACAGAUGACAUGUAGAUUUUAAAGUGUACAGUUAUAUGACUAGAUAGAUGUUAAGGGUGUGUGUACACAUUAAAAAGGUUUGGAAGUUUUUCAAUAUUUUGGAUAUCAAUUUCCUAUGCUGGAAUUCUUACUUUCUGGAAGAGUUCUGGAAAGGCCAAAGCAAGCCAAGAGAAAGUCCUGCAUGUGGUUGGAGAAAAAGGCACAAUUUUCCAGUUCAUCCUCAUCCUCUUUAACACAGUAGAAGACCUGCUAUGUAUAUACUGAACAGUCUCCUACAAGGCGUUGUAUUGUUGCUCUGUAUAUUGUAUUUUCAUAUCAUUUAAGGAAUAUACCACAGUGUCAAGA